UUUUUUCAGAUUGAGUCCGUGAACUUGGCUUUAAAUAUACUGGAUGAGUAUAAUCUGCGUGGUAAUAAAAUACGUGUUCAGCGUGCUGAAUUUCAAAUGCGCGGAGAAUAUAAUCCAGCUUUAAAACCGAAAAAAAAGAAGAAAGAUAAAGAAAAGCUAUUAAAAAUGAAGGAAAAACUUUUUGACUGGAGACCAGAGAAGUUACGAGGGGAGCGUACAAAGAAUGAAAAAGUGGUUAUUAUUAAAAAUCUUUUCGCGCCAAAAAUUUUCGAAGAAGAAGUUCAACUAAUUCUGGAGUACACAAAUGAUUUACGCGAAGAAUGCAAUAAAUGUGGUACCGUGCGGAAAGUUAUUAUUUACGAUCGUCAUUCUGAGGGUGUAGCUCAGGUAAAUAUGUCCACACCGGAAGAAGCUGAUUUGGUUAUACAAAUGAUGAAUGGACGAUUUUUUGGAAAAAGGCAAUUAAGUGCAGAUUACUGGGAUGGAAAAACUAAAUACAAAAUUAAUGAAUCGGAGACAGAAGUUCAACAACGCCUCUCGAACUGGGAUGAGUUUUUGGAAACGGAUGAAGAAAAAAAAUUAUCUACAUAAUUUAUUUUUAAAAUAUUUUUUGCUUUUG